AUGCAUGUUAUUCGCAUGUCAAGAAAUAUAACUAAUACCAAAGGGGUAAAUAUUAAAGUAACUCAUAAAAUGAAUCAUAUCAGAACUUUAGGGACUACUUCAAGUAGAUUGAAUCUACUUAGAAAUUCAUUUAAAAUCUUAAUAAGAUCACAGUAUCAAUCCUCACUUUUGACAUCUCGUUUAAAUAUAUUGAAUAGGACAUUGCCAUCAUUACCCUCCUACGUUAAUUUUAUGGUUUUUUUCAGAGGGUUCAAAUCUAAAAGCGCAAUUAAAAAAUUUUGUAAGGAUUGUUACAUAGUAAGAAGAAAGGGAAGAGUUUAUGUCUAUUCUAAGUCAAAUGGAAAGCAUAAACAACGCCAAGGGUAG